GUGUCGCAUAGCAACCGCGAGUGUCGCCUCGCCUCGCGUCGCGUCGCUUCUUGCGGAGUUUCACACGCGCUCAUGUGACGCGCCGCCUACGGAAGAAGUGUCUUGCAGGUUUUUUCUCUGUUUCAGUGGAGAAACACACACGGACUAACUUAGUUUACAGCCGUCCGGGGAAAAACGACAAGAACUCCCAGUCAGAGCGAACGAGCGAGCCCAAGUUCUGCCGGAGAGCACUUCUUCCCGAUGACUCCCUAAGCGAGUGGUUCUGGCUCAUCCCAGAGGGCUCGUGGGCGUUCCCGUCAUGUCCUCGGUCCCGCUGGAAGGAUCCCAGCUGGUGUCGGAGUGGCUGAAUCACCUCCGGCUCGACCAGUACAGCUCCGCCUUCCAGGAGUCCGGGCUGGGAAUGCUGUGGGAAUGCCAGGAUUUAUCCUCGGCUAAGCUUCAGCGAAUGGGCGUGGCUCUUCCCGGCCACAGAAAGCGGAUCCUCGGAAGUCUCCGCAAAAUCUUCCCAUCGGAGGCCGAGAUGGAGGACGAGGAGGAGCGAGAGAACGACAGACCCGUCGCCAAAGAAAGAACGAAAUUGCCGACGGAAAACAAGCGUUUGCCUCCCGUCCCGCCUCGUCUAAUGCCUAAUCGACCUCCCGUUCCCUUCACUCCUGGCUCUGUAACCGCGGAAACACCUGGACGAGCCACGCCCAUCCCGACUCCGAGGCCACGCCCACGCCCACAGGACCUUCCUCUUAAAGGGCCGGCGCAGCAACUCCAGAAAAGCGAGAGCAAACACUCCCCUCAGUCGCCUACAUCAUCAUCUUCCUCUUCUUCCUCGUCUUCGGAGCGCUUCCACCUGUACGAACAGUGUUCAUCUUCCUCUCCGGGAGAAGCGGGUGUUCCUCCUCUUCCUCCGAAGAGCUACGCCGUGGCCGUCUCUAAAGAGCCUAAAGACGAGCCGGUGCCGUACAGACCCCCCGUUCCUCCUCCUCGCGUGUCCGUGGGCUCCAGGACUACAACUCCCAGAGGCACGUCGACCGGAAGCCCUCCCGCUGUCAGCUCUCCUGCGGAUGAUCUCUCGCACACGGAUCGAGUCCCGGACGUCCCGCCUCGGAUCAGACCGAGAGAGAGAGAGAGAAGAGACGUCCCGCCUCCGCCCCUCAAAAGCACGCUGGAUUCAGGGGACAGCUCCGAUGAACAUGACGACCGCGAGCCCUGCGGAGACGCUAAGCUCGUAGACAUGGCCAACAAGAUGUCCUUGCUGGUUCCCAAGGCGACGAAGCCCCGGUACAGCAGCCUGUGCAGCGACGACGAGCUGCUCGAUGACGACACACACUGUUACCAGUCCGUCACGGUCAAACGGGGUUCGUGGAUCGAUGAUUUCGGCUCGAUCUCCAGCUCUCAGAACAGCAUCUAUCUGCCGCUCACGGGUCAUGUCAGCGCCUCGCCUCCUCGGGAAGGUUUCGAGUCCUCGAGCGUCCCGGUCAUUAAAAUGGGCUGGCUGGACAAGAAUCCUCCCCAAGGGUCCCUGAUCUACCAGAGACGUUGGGUCAAACUGGAUGCUGAAUACCUGAGAUACUUCGACACGGAGAAGGACGUCUACUCGAAGAGGAUCAUACCGACAGUGUCCAUCACCGGCGUGGUCAACGUGGGCGAUCAGAAGUUUGAGGUCGUGACGCACAAUCGCACUUUCCUGUUCCGCGCCGAGAGCGACUUGGACAGGAACGAGUGGGUGUCGACGUUGAAGAGCUGUGUCGGGGUGUCUCGGGGGCGGACGAGCCUGGACUUGACCUUUAACCCCUGUGUGAACUACGAGAUGAAGGGUUAUCUGGAGAUGCGAGGCCUGCGCUCCAAGCUCUACACGGUGGUGUGUGCCGAUAAAGUCUAUCUCUACAAAAACACUGAGGAUUAUCGUCUGGGAAUCGGGAUCACGUCUAUUGAUAUGAAUGUUGGGAAUGUGAAGGAGAUGGACAGAAGAGGGUUUGAUCUGACCACACCGUACCGCAUAUUCAGUUUUGUAGCUGACACAGAACAGCUGAAGGACCAAUGGGUGGAGGCGAUGCGCGACUCCAUUAAAGAAGCCUUGUCCAAUUACGAGGUUGCCGAGCGCAUCUGGGCGGAGCCGUCCAAUCAGAUGUGUGCGGACUGCAGCGCCGCUAAACCCGAGUGGGCCUCCAUCAACCUCGGCGUGGUGUUCUGCAAACGAUGCGCAGGAGAGCAUCGAGGUCUCGGCCCGAACAUUUCGAAGGUGCGCAGUCUCAAGAUGGACAAGAAGGUUUGGACUGAAGAUCUCAUCCAGCUGUUCCUGGCUCUGGGAAACGAGCGAGCGAAUCAGUUCUGGGCGGCUAACGUUCCCCCCAGUGAAGAGCUGACCCUGAACAGCAGCAGCGACGAGAGGCGGCGCUUCAUCACCGCCAAAUACAGAGAGGGCAAAUACCGCAGAUACCACACACUGUUCGGCAACCAGAGGGAGCUCAACAACGCGCUGUGCAUCAAUGUUCAGUCCAGCGAUGUGUGUGAGACGCUGGCUCUGGUGUUCUGUGGCGCUGAUGUGAACUGUGACACCGGUGACCCCGAGCUGACCUCUCCGAUCGCCCUCGCACAACACCACUCCCAGACCCUGCAGGUGGAGUUCCUGAGCCAGAACCGCAACACGGAACUCCCGAGGUCAGAGGUCAAGGUCGCCAUCGAUACGGUGCACUACAUGGCCCCGCCCUCCAUCACACAUAAUGGCUUCCUAUUUAAGACCGGGUCCAUGGCUCGACCAAUCACAGAAAAGAAGGGGAAAGAAGAGUUCAGCCGGCGCUGGUGUGUUCUGAACGACGGGAACUUCAGCUACUAUGAAAGUGACAAAAACGCUACGCCGAACGGAGGACUGAAGAUGAAGGAGAUCGUGUGCCUGGCCGUCAACCCCCCCGAGACUCAUGGGUACGAUCACACCUUCGAGCUUUACUCCGACUCCGAGCGCCUGUACCUGUUCGGCACGGACAAUCCCGACGCCAUGCGCGAGUGGGUCAAAUCCAUCGCUAAGUCGUUCAUUCCCUCGGGAGCAGAGGAUCUGCUGCUGAAGGACUUCGAGCGCAUCGGGCGCCUGCGCUACAAGGACCGGCUGAACCGGGAGAUGUCCCGACUGGGCUGGUUCUGUCUGGUGGGAUCCAGUCUACACAUCCGGCUGGAGGAGAACAACACCGACGAGACCAUCGACCUGCAGAAGCUGCAGGAGCUCUCGAUCCAGCCGGAGAAUGAGGCUCUGGUUCUGGUGGAGCGGGGCAGGACGCUGUACAUCGAGGGCGAGAGGAAGCUGGACUUCCAGGGCUGGGCGGCAGCGAUCCAGAGGAAUGCUGGGAGUUCUGGAGACACACUGAGCCAGCAGCAGCUGACGGACUCCGAUAUCCCCGUCAUCGUGGAGCGCUGCAUUCACUUCAUCACGCAAUACGGUCUGACCUCAGAGGGCAUCUACCGUAAGAGUGGUGUGAACAGUAGGAUCGCCGCCCUGCUGGAGGAGUUGAGGCGUGACGCGAGGUGUGUGUGGCUGAAGGAAGGAGAGCAUCAGGUGGACGACGUGUCUAACGUCCUCAAGCGCUUCUUUAGGGACAUCGAGGAGGGGCUGUUCGGCCCCGAGGCGAACGCCUGGCUCAGCGCCACAGGUGUGUCAGAUGAGAGCAGUCGUAUCUGUCAGUAUCGUCUUCUCUUCAGUAACCUUCCCCGAGUGAACCAGGCGACACUACGGGCGCUAGUUAAUCAUUUAUACUGCGUCCAGCGGUUUGCGGAUCUCAAUCAGAUGAAUCUGCAUAAUCUGGCGAUCGUGUUCGGGCCGACGCUGUUCCAGGCGGACGGGAAGGACUACAGCGCCGGCCGGGUCAUCGAGGACCUCAUCCAACACUACGUCACUAUAUUCCACGUGAACGAGCAGCAGCUGAAGAAGCAGUUAGAUGAGAUCACAUACAUCAUAAAGCUCAGAGACAAUCUCACGCCUAAAGCUGGAACGGGGAGUGGUGAUUUUAUCUGCACGGUUUACCUGGAGGAGAAGAAGGAAACAGCCGAACAGCAUGUAAAGAUUCCCGCGGCGAUGACAUCAGCAGAACUGACCUUUGAGGUUCUGGACCGGCGGAAACUGAGCGUGCGGGAGAAGGACUACUGGUGCUGCUUCGAGGUCAACGAGAAGGAGGAGACGGAACGCCCGCUGCACUUUCAGGAGAGAGUUCUGCCCAUCUUUCACUCUCUGGGGACCGACAGUCACUUACUCGUCAAGAAGCACUUCUCCAUGGAGGCCAUGCUGGUGUACCUGGCCAGUAAAGUGGAGGUGUCGAAGCACGGGAUGAUGAAGUUUCGAGAGGAGAGGAGCCUGCUGGGAUUGGGUUUGAGCUCCGGCAGCUUUAAUGACCGAUACUUCAUCCUCACCAGCGCCUCUCUCAGACUCUAUAAAGAAGUCCGGAGUAAUCGCCCCGAGAGAGAGUGGCCGGUCAAGUGUCUGAGAGUGUAUCUGGGCAUUAAGAAGAAGCUCCGCCCACCCACAUGUUGGGGACUCACUGUCGUCUAUGAGAGUGACAAACAGGAAAAGCAGGAGAGACAGCAGUGGUACCUGUGCUGCGACACACAGACGGAUAUGAGGGAAUGGUUCGCUACGUUCAUGAGUGUACAGAACGGUGGGCGAGUGUGGCCGGCGGAGUGGCUGAAGUCUCGCUCCACGAGUCGCUCGGCGCCGCUGGACGCUCGCUUCGGUAACGUGUCUCUGAUUCCUCUGCGCGGCAGUGAGAACGAGAUGAGGAAUAGUGUCGCCGCUUUCACAGCCGAUCCUCUCGCCCUCUUCAGAGAUGUGUGACGAAGUGAACCGUGAACAGGAUCUGAGUGUGUGAUGGUCUCUUCUCUGGAACUCUUCUCUUCUUCAGUGGCCGAGGUUCGGUGUUCAUGACGCUUCACACACACUUUCACCGUGGGUGCUUGGAUCACACACACACACACACACACACACACUCUGGGACUUCAGACUGUUACCGGCCCGUGUGGUUCGUGUUGGUCACAUGACCUGGAAAAGACUUUCAGAGACUUCCUGUGUGUUCUUAUAAACAGACUUUAUAAAUUAUUUUAGUUUUAAUGUCAGUAAGAGAGAGCUGAAUCACAUCAAACUGUGUGAAUCGUGUGUGUGUGUGUGUGUGUUUAACAGUACAUUCACAGCAUGGCAGAAUUACUAUUAUAAUAAUCAUAAUAUACGGUAUAUAUACUGAUGAGCCAAAACAUUCUGACCCAGAUAUUAAUAUGAGAUUAUGGAUCUGUUCACCUGUGGCUGAUUAUAAUGUUGUGGCUCAUCAGUGUGUGUGUGUGUGUGUGUGUGUGUGUGUAAAACUGCUGUGAUGUGCAAACCAACAGUUACAAUAGGUCAGAGAUCCACUGCAUUACAUAAUCAUUCUGACAUGAUGUGAACCUCAUAUUACUGUGUGUGUGUGUGUGUGUGUGUGUGUGUGUGUGAGUGUGUGAGAGAGAGAUUCUGUGUGUGAGAAAGAGAGAGAGAGUGUGUGUGUGUGUUCAUGUGUCUGUUUCACAUUGAAUCCUGUAGAAAUGAAGCGAUGAUGUUUUAUUGAUAUGUGUGUAAUAUAAGUUUAUUGCUAUAAUUAGCCUUUAUAAUUGAAUCAUGAUGUUUCGCACAUUUAUCAUUCCAUAUGAGACUGAUUGUAGCGUUUUAAUAAGAGUUUAGUUUACACACACACACACACGCUGGGGCUGGAUAAUGAAUCUGAUGCGUUUAAUGAAUCUCAGACUGUAAAUAAACACAGAGGCCGCCCGCGUCUGAUCGGAUAAUUCACUUCCUGUCUCAGUUUGAGGAUUUGAUGUGGAAUUAAAUCAGUGUAUAAUAGAGUUAUCCUCCAUCAACUGCUAAAAAUGAAGACUUGUGUUAAAUAUGAAGUAUUACACGUUCAUCCGUCAGUCGUGAUUCAGACCAUGAUGGAUUAGCUCACGUGUGUGUCCGUGUUUUGGACCCCAUUGACUUCCAUUACACGGCCGGAUCGUAGUUAGUUUUAAGUUAAUUUGAUGUUUGGAUGAACUGUUCUUUUCAAACACGUCCAUUGAGAGCAGUGUUUAGUCUUAUUAAAAGGUUAUUUUGACGUCCGCAUGUUGAGAUUUUACCUGGUUUCAUGAAGUCUUUGUACAUGUUUUGUAUUUGCUUAUUGUUUCAUUUGAUCAGUGUGUAAAAAUAUUAUAAUUGUAAAUGUUUCCCAGUGUUUGUGUAAUCAGUAAUCUUCAUUCUGAUCGUUCUCAAUAAGGCCAGGACGAGAGUCGAUAGUUUGAAAUGUGGAUUUUCUAAAAUCAUUUCUGUGUUUUUGAGGAGUUUCUGAAAUGAACUUGUGCAGCUCAUAUUUCACCUCAAACGUAACACAAACAUACAUGUGGAAAUUUUGCUUUAAAUAAACUUAAGCAAAAUAUG